CGGGGCGGCAGGGCGCCAGCUCUGCCGCCCAGGCCUCACGUCUGACACGAACAGCGCGCGCCUCCAGGGACAGGGGCCGGCGCCCCAGCCAAUGGGCGCCGCGCUACGGGUGACCACGCCCACCGCCCCUCGCACGUCAAUGGAGUCCGGCUUGGGCUCGCCGGCUGCUGGCUUCUGAUUGGCUGGGGCAAGCGGUGGCCGCAGCGGGCGAAGCCGGUGUUCUCGCACUAGGGGUGGCGGCCUGGAGCCCGUAGGACUGGAAGGGACGCCGGGUCUCAGAAGAGUUUUCAAGAAAUCACAAUGUCAACCAACACAGACCUUUCUCUCUCUUCAUAUGAUGAAGGUCAGGGGUCUAAGUUUAUUCGGAAAGCUAAGGAGACACCGUUUGUCCCUAUUGGAAUGGCAGGCUUUGCAGCGAUCGUUGCGUAUGGACUAUACAAACUGAAGAGCAGGGGAAAUACUAAGAUGUCCAUUCACUUAAUCCACAUGCGUGUAGCAGCCCAGGGCUUUGUUGUGGGAGCCAUGACUCUUGGUAUGGGCUAUUCCAUGUAUAAGGAGUUCUGGGCCAAGCCUAAGCCUUAGAAGAGCUGCCGCCUUGGUCUGGGAAGUGCCUGCUUUAGUUAGACGUCUCAUAUUGAGGUUAUGUGUUUGUGUCUACAAUAAAUAACAUGUGGGUUUAGACAAAA